UGUCUUUUUCUCUUUCUUUUUCUGUUUCUUUUUUUUCUUCUUCUUUUAAUUGUGGAUAUCAAAGAUAAACGAAAAUAUACCAUGAGCUUGUUCAGAGAGAGGGUGGCCGGAUGCGGGGCCGGCGCCCUCUCAGUGUUGAGGCAUUGGGCCAGAAGAGCUCGUGUGUAAAUCCGUUCAUGCAGAUGCCGGAUCGUGUUGUCUAGCUCGAGGCGCAGCAAUGGGCAGCAAAGGACAGGGUUGAUCGAUUGAUGCCCAGGUAAGUAGACUCCACCACAGGCGCAUCAACACUGCCAUGGCUGCCUAGAGGGCGAGAACAGUUAAGGCUGAGUGGUGCCUGCUCAUCUUGUGCAUAUUCAUCACUAAAGGUUCGUUCUUCUUAACAACACCUAGCUGGCGCCAUUCCCCUUAAUCAUCCGUUGCCUAACACAAUUGACGACGACAACGACGACGACUAUAGCAAUAACAGCUACAACAUCGUCCAGCCGCCAACGAACAAUGUUUUUCAAACGCGCGCCGGCCCACCCCAGCCACAAGCACGACAGCAACAUCAUCCCGGUCAAAACAAGCUACGUGUCCAACCCGGUCGCCCUGCCGCCCGGCUUCCUCACCACUGCCCCGCCCGACGCGCGGCCGCCGACGGCGAAGCGCAUCGACUUCGCCUCGUCGCCGCUGCCCGAGUACGCGGGCCGGUACGCGGCCGUGCUCGACCACGUCCUCUCGCCGUCCGAGUGCGCCGCCCUGCUGGCGCUGGCCGAGGCGAGCGUCCCGCCGUCGUCGGGGCCCGACAACAACGCCGCCGCCGCCGAUAAUGACGACGACCCCUGGCGCCCCGCGCUCGUCAACGUCGGCGGUGGGUUCGAGGUCCUCCAGCCGGACUACCGCAACGGCGACCGGAUCAUCUGGGACUGCCAGGAGGUCGUCGACCGCAUCUGGGCCCGCUGCCUCGCCGCCGCGGCGGCGGCGGCGUCCGGCGGCGUCGAGGGGGAUGCGGGGUUGCUCGAGCGGGCCGCUGCCGUCGGGGCCGGCGAGGUCGCGAUUGUCGGUCACGAUCCGCGGCAACGGGACGGGGCCAGGUGGGAGUUCUCGAGGGUGAACGAGCGGAUGCGGUUCCUGAGGUACAAGAAGGGCGGCUUCUUUAGACCACACUGUGACGCGCCCUUCGUCGACGCCCGAGAUCCGUCGAGGAACAUCCAGACCAUGUUCACCAUCCACCUGUACCUGAACGACUCCGACGCCGAAGUCAAGGGGGCGGAACUGGUGGGAGGAGCCACGACCUUCUACUCGAGUGACGGGAAACGGAGGAUCGACGUCCAUCCCAAGGCCGGAAGGGUGCUCAUCUUCCAGCACCGCCGGUUGCUGCACUCGGGGGACGACGUGCUCCGGGGAACCAAAUACACCAUGAGGACAGACAUCAUGUAUGAGCUCAAGUUCCCGGAAACAAGGAAGUAGGGGUUAGGGGAGGAAUAUCAAGGAGGGAUUCUAUUGAGAAAUGUCAAGGGGGUAGAAGUCUCAGGGAGGAAUGUGUGGAAAUAUUUACCCAUAUAACGAAUGGAUACUUUAAUCUGCAAAGCGGUGCGACAGGCGCACCAUGAUUAUCACUUCAUAAAACAAG